AUGAAAAACUCUACACAGGUUUCAUAUUUCAUUUUGGGAGCAUACUUUAACAUUGGGCUCUUUAAAUACUUACUGUUUAUGAUCUUGAUGUGUUUUUAUGUUUUAACAGUGUGUGCCAAUGUGUUGCUGGUUGUGGUUAUCUGUGUGAACAGGAGCUUACAUGAACCUAUGUACCUUUUUCUGGUCAGCCUGUUUGUAAAUGAACUGUAUGGUAGUACAGGGUUGUUUCCAUUCCUUCUGGUUCAGAUCCUCUCGGACAUUCACACUGUUUCUGCUCCCUUCUGCUUCCUGCAGAUUUAUUAUGUGUUUACAUAUGGAACUAUUCAAUUUAUUAACUUGGCUGUGAUGUCUUAUGACAGAUAUCUUGCUAUCUGUUAUCCUCUGCAGUAUCACACUCGUAUGACAUCCUCCAAAGUUGCCGUGCUUAUUGCUCUAACAUGGUUGUUCCCAUUGACUGAAGUUGCUGUCACAGUGUUACUGAGUUCCUCUCUGCAGCUGUGUGGGAACGUCAUCAACAAAGUCUACUGUGAUAACUACUCUGUUGUCAAACUGGCCUGCUCUGAGGCCACAGUCAACAACAUUCAUGGCCUCAUUACCAUUUCUCUUGUAGUCUUUGUUCCUCUCCUUUUAAUCCUCUACACCUACAUGAGGAUCCUUAAAGUGUGUUUUUCUGGUUCUAAGCAGACGAGACAGAAAGCUGUCAGUACCUGCACCCCCCACCUCGCUUCCACUAUCAACUUCUUCCUCGGUUCGUUCUUUGAAAUCGUUCAGAGCAGGUUUGAUAUGAGCAGAGUACCCAUGAUCUUACGGAUAUUUUUGUCAUUAUACUUUCUGCUCUGCCAACCGCUCUUUAACCCUUUAAUGUAUGGACUGCAGAUGUCUAAAAUACGUAGCUCAUGUAAAAGUCUGAUCUUUGGUAAAAUGUAAACUGAUGUUA